AUGCCAAAACACAUUAAUGAUCAGGCAUAUCGCUAUCUUCUGCGCUUUCCCAGUGAAUACUUAUGCAACUUACUUAACCAAGCCAGGCAUCGAGCAUUCGGAGUAAAUGCCGCUGAAAAGGUCAUGUUGUCGAUUACAAAAGAUUGGCAGCUCAAUUCAUCCCAGCCAGACGAUGCAAAAGUGUGGAUUCCACGACCCAUCGUGAGCGUGCAUGUAAGGCAAGGGGAUAAAAGCUACGAGAUGACCCUCCAUCCUUUGAAGGAUUACAUGAACCUCGCCAACGCUUUGCGAAGAAAGUUUCCGGAAUUGCACAGCGUGUGGCUCUCCACGGAAAUGCAGACUGUGGUUGACGAAUCCGACGAGUUCACAGACUGGGAGUUCUACUUCACGGAAGUGAGGAGGCAAUAUGGCACAAUGCACAUGACCGAAUAUAUGGAAUCUCUAGGUACCAAGACAGCAUUUGACAACAGCUUUGUCAACUUGGUGAUGGCUCUCGAGGCUGAUUUCUUUGUGGGCGCUUUGGGAUCAAGCUGGAGUUACGCCAUCAAUUGCUUGAGAUUGACUGGUGGCAAACUCAAGGUUGGUUUUCUCACAGUCAAUAUUAAUACAGUAUUAUAG